GUGGUGCACGAGCUCAAGUCGCCGGCAUUCGACCCGAUGUUCUACCAGUGUGUCGACUACGGCUUCAGGGACAAGUACUUCAAACUUUGGUGGCUUUACCAUAUCUUCGUCACUCUCAUGAUGUACGUGGUUCCCUUGGCUACCAUAUUCGCUUGUUAUUCGGCAAUCGUCUGCAAGAUCUGCAGGAGAACCAAUGGUUUAUUGAGCUGGAGUAAGAAACCGAGGAAGACCACGCUACGCAUGGCGGGAAAUGACGGCAUACCUCGUGCACGCAUGCGCGCAUUUCGUCUCACAGCCGCCAUCGUCGGGGGUUUCGUCAUCUGCUGGUCACCUUACUACAUCGUCUCGACAUGGUACCACGUCGACCACGGCUGGCAAGACGAGUCCGACGCGCCCGAUCCUCCUUGGCUGUUCGAUGUCCUCAUCGCUCUCGGUUACCUAAACACGUGCGUCGACCCCGUCCUCUAUGGCAUCUUCACCACCAAGCUAGCCCGUGACGUCAGACACUGCUGGCGCUCUCGCAAGCCGGUCGCUAGAGGGAGGCAGAGGUUGACGAGUCGACGGUCGACCUCCUCUUCGAACAACAAUCCAAUGACGGCGGGGUCUUCGGUUCGACUUGGAAUGACUACGGUCAAUGUGGUCAGUGAGGAGAGGCAGGCAGUGCACUUUAACAUUCCAGACGAAUAUGAGGAGAGAACGGUGAUGUCUUAAAGGGGAUUGGGGUAAUUAGUUUUGCCCGGUCCAUCUUAUGGAAGACAAAAAGUAAUUUGGUUCACAUAGGAUAUCCGUUUUACUUCCUGAAUCAGAUUGCCCCAAUCUUGUUAUAAGAAAUAGGAAAUGAACUGAACGUUGUUGCCAUUCUUUUUUAGCAUCGCGACCAACCAAAUUUGGGAGAUGAAGUUUAUAGUCCUGGGGAGCUUUCCAUGAAAUAAGUAGUCAGUUAUAGUCGUAGGCAAUCUGUGCAGUUAUAAUAUGCUGCUGCCAAACUCGUGAGCGAAAAUCGUUGACAAGACGCUCCACGAAACACUCCCCAAUGCUGAUAGUUUGAAAUGUGGAAGGAAAUGGGCAAUGCAUCUGUUUCACUGAUCGCUUUCUAUGUUAUAAAUGGGUAGUUGUAUCAAGGAGUUACCAGCACCAACUCCUUGGUUGUAUUCAACGAGUAGUACAUUAGACAACACAAUGUACGUAGUGGAUCACUAAUAAUGGUGCUGUACCACAUUCAUAACACACAUUUCGUAUAGGCCUACGCCUGUUUUUUAUUUAAUAUUUUAUCAUAUCAUCACCAUGACCACUGACCACAAACACAACCAAUAUUUUUUUAUUUGAGAGAGCUCUGUUUUGUGACCCCCUUUAGGCGUUUUAAUGUUAUUAAAGUCCAUAUCACUCACGUGAAAACUGGUCUUGCUAAUAAAUUUUGUUAGGUUAUUUAGAUUUGUAAAGUUAUUUCACGAUAUCCUUUGUGAGUAACUAUGAGGAAAUUUUCAUGUAAUGCCCACUGAUCUGAAUUUUCAGUAUAAUGCCACACAGUGUACAUGUAUGGUAUAUCGAAGUAGAUGGCGCUAGAGGUCAACGCAAUACGCUGGUUUUUAUUCAAUUCCUUUGGUUCUCAUCAUUUAAUGACAUUUAUCAAUUUUAUAUAAUUUAACUCGAAUGGAAAGGGGCGACUAUUGUGUCUGAUAUUCAUUUUUUUAAUGACAUAAUCUUCUACAUCCUCAUUUCCCUUCUUCUGGUUUAUUCUUUUGGGUUUUUCUUGUUCAUAUAUGUCCUUCAUCCUCUUCCUUAUGUAUUCCUUCCUUCCUUCACUUCUUUCUUUAUUCAUUUAUUUUUCUUCCUGUUCUUGUUCUUCUUCUCCUCAUCAUCGUUGCAUUUCUUUGCAUUUUAGGGAACUAAGGACAUGACUUACUCUCACUAUCAUGACUGAUUAAUUUUCAUCAUCGUUAAUUCAUCCCUAUCGACCAUGGUUGUACGAUAUAGGGUAGGAGAGAAAUUGCAUAAUCCUACAACUUCAGCAUCUUAUUUGCAAAUUUUCAGCAAAAUAAAACCAAGAUACGCUCCGUUAUUUGUUACAUAUGCGAACAAUAAAAAACCCCGUCUUCGUGGCAAUGUUGUUGUUGUUGUCGUCGUUAUCCUUGCUUUUGUUGUUGAUGAAAACAAAAUAUAAGUAUUCCCUAAUAGCUGACCACCUCCGCCUUUUCUUACCUAGCUCUCAAAAAUGAUUCCGGCUCUGAUAUCUACAAGAAAGAACUAAAAAAGUCCCUACUUAAACGAAGGAGCUUUGAAGCUCCUUCCUUAAAGGGGAAUCCAACCCAAAUAAAAAAUUGUUUUUAU